AUGGCGAAGAAGCCCACAGCCCAGUCGCCAGCGACGAAGGCGCCCGCCCCCGUUGCAGCGGCCAAACCUCUGUCACCAGCAACUCACAAACCUUCGGGGUCGAUCUCAUCAAAUCCCACCCCGCCCACGAAGCCUGCACCACAGAGCUCGUUGUCCACUCAGUCGUCGCCGCAAGAGAUCAUCAUCCAUGUAUGGAACAGGUACCUCCAGGAUACGCCCUCGAGGACCAUGCUGCUUGAUGCCUUCAUGGCAUGGCUGGUGGUGGUUGGGGCUGUCCAGUUCCUCUACUGCAUCCUAGCUGGAAAUUACCCAUUCAAUGCUUUCCUAUCCGGUUUCUGUUCUGCAGUCGGCCAAUUUGUCCUCACAGCCUCGUUACGCAUGCAGACCUCGGAACGACCUCCAUUGGGCGCAUCGGCAGCGGCGAAGAAGUCGACAGCCAAGACUAUCGACGGGAUCAGCGGAGAAGUGAUGGAGCAGGGAAAGAUCAGUUCUGAGAGAGCAUUCGCAGACUUUGUGUUCGGCAGUCUCAUCCUGCAUGGCUUCUGCGUCAACUUCAUCAACUGA